CCUCUCAAGGUUGGCGUUUGUUUGGUGGGGUCCCACACGGAUUCAACAUGCGUAUCGAGAAGUGUUAUUUCUGUUCGGGGCCCAUCUACCCUGGACACGGCAUGAUGUUCGUCCGCAACGAUUGCAAGGUGUUCAGAUUUUGCAAAUCUAAAUGUCAUAAAAACUUUAAAAAGAAGCGCAAUCCUCGCAAAGUUAGGUGGACCAAGGCAUUCCGGAAAGCAGCUGGUAAAGAGCUUACAGUGGAUAAUUCAUUUGAAUUUGAAAAACGUAGAAAUGAACCUAUCAAAUACCAGCGAGAGUUAUGGAAUAAAACUAUUGAUGCAAUGAAGAGAGUUGAAGAGAUCAAACAGAAACGCCAAGCUAAAUUUAUAAUGAACAGAUUGAAGAAAAAUAAAGAGCUGCAGAAAGUUCAGGGUAUCAAAGAAGUCAAGCAAAACAUCCAUCUUAUCUGAGCCCCUCUUGCAGGCAAAGGGAAGCAGUUGGAAGAGAAAAUGGUACAGCAGUUACAAGAGGAUGUGGACAUGGAAGAUGCUCCUUAAAAAUCUCUAACCAUUUCUUUUGUGUACAUUUGAAAAUACCCUUUGGAUACUUGGAACUGCUAAAUUAUCUUAUUUUUUACAUAAGGUCACCUAAAUGAAAAGUGAUUAAAAUACAUCUUUCCUACAUUGCCUUCUACAUAACAUCAGAUAUUAUGGAUGUUAGAUUGCAUCUCAGUGUUAAAUCUUCACUGAUAGAUGUACUUAAGUAAAUCAUGAAAAUUCUACUUAUAACUAUAGAAGUGAAUUGUGGAUGUAAAAUGGUUAUGCCAUUUGGAUAAUGGCACUAGGCAGCAUUUGUAUAGUAACUAAUGGCAAAAAUUCAUGGCCAGUGAUGUAUAAAAUAAAAUAUUCUUUGCAGA